GGUGACGUUUCCUUCACGUGAUCAGAAGCCGACGUGUGCAGAAGUCCCUCUCCUCCAGGUACCAGCUCCCCAUUUCCGUGGAGAAAGAUUUCAGACUGAGGGACAGAGCGGCAACUGCCCUAGAGCCCUGCAGGUCUUCAGGUCUGUGGUUGUAGGCACCAACCCAGACAAGAGAGGAAAAGACCUGCAGGACCAGUGCAGGACAGGCAAAGGAGAGAGAAUCUCAACAUGGAAAAGAUCUACAAAGAAAAUGAACGAAAGCCAGAAAACGAAGGGAACCUAGAAAAUGAAGGAAGGCCAGAAGAUGAAGUCGAUACAGAAGAUGAAGGGAAAUCAGAUGAGGAAGAAAAGCUGGAAGUGGAGGAGAAGCCAGGGCAUGAGGGAAAGCUCCAGAAUAAGGGGCAGCCAGAUGAUGAAGGACAACCAGAAGAUGAGGGAAAGCAAGAAAAGCAGGGCAAGUCCAAAGAUGAGGGAAAACCACACGGUGAGGGCAAGCCAGAAUCCCUGGCAAAGCCCGAGGGUGAGCCACGGGCUGCCGAAAAGCGCCCGGCUGAAGAUUACGUGCCCAGGAAAGCAAAAAGAAAAACGGACAGGGGAACGGACGAUUCCCCCAAGGACUAUCAGGAGAACUUACAGGAAAGGCACUUGGGCAGUGAGGAGAUGAUGAGAGAAUGUGGAGAUAUGUCAAGGGCUCAGGAAGAGCUAAGGAAAAAACAGAAAAUGGGUGGUUUUCAUUGGAUGCAAAGAGAUGUACCGGAUCCGUUUGCCCCAAGGGGGCAGCGGGGUGUCAGGGGAGUGAGGGGUGGAGGUAGGGGCCAGAAGGACUUAGAAGAUGUUCCAUAUCUUUAAUGCCUUUGGCCUUUAAUUCUGAUCUCUCUGAUGAGAAUAUUGCCAACCCUGCUUUCCCUGGCAGGCAUUUGCCAGGCUAUGUGCUUUAACCUUAUGCUGAUACGUUGCUUUAGGUGUCACUCUCUCGGUUACCAGCAGCCUUUUGACCCACCUGCAGCACUCUGUCUUUCAGUAGGGGACUUCCGCCCGUAUGCAUGGAAGAGAGAUGUUCAUGGUACAUUGUAAAAUAUUAAUAAAAAAAGU